AUGAAAUUAUUAGCUUCUUUAUCUAUUUUGUUAGCCAUUUUAUCUAAUGUUUCUUCUAGACCCUUAGAAGCUCCGAAAUUAUCAAAACGUGAUGAUUGCAUAAUCAACACAUCUUCUUUUGGCUCUAUUUCAUCAAUUCAAAAAAACUGCAAAACCAUUGUGGUUGAAAAUCUUACUGUUCCAAAAGGGAAAACUUUAGAUUUAUCUUCUUUAAAAGAAGGUUCUACUGUUACCUUCAAGGGUAAAACUACCUUUGAAUAUAAAGAAUGGAAAGGUCCUUUAAUUAAAAUUUCUGGUAAAAAGAUUAAAGUCACUGGUAAAUCAGGUCAUGUUAUUGAUGGUGAUGGUUCUAGAUGGUGGGAUGGUAAAGGAGGAAAUGGUGGUAAGACCAAACCAAAAUUCUUUGCUGCUCAUAAAAUGAUUGAUUCUACAAUUGAAGGUCUUAAUAUUAAAAACACCCCAGUUCACUGUUUCUCAAUUAACAAUGUUCAAAAUUUGGUUAUUAGUGGCAUUGUACUUGAUAUUAAAGAUGGGGACAGCAAUGGUGGUCACAACACUGAUGCAUUCGAUGUUGGUUCAUCGACCGGUGUUACUAUCAAAGAUUCUACUAUCUAUAACCAGGAUGAUUGUUUAGCCGUUAAUUCUGGUAAUGAUAUCACCUUUACCAAUAACUAUUGUUCUGGUGGUCACGGUAUCUCUAUUGGAUCCGUUGGCGGAAGAUCAAAUAAUGUUGUUGAUGGUGUUUCUGUUUCUGAUUGUCAAAUUGUUGAUUCUGAUAAUGGUGUUAGAAUCAAGACUGUUUACGGUGCUACUGGAAAGGUUAACAAUGUCAAAUAUGAAAAUAUCACUUUAAAAGACAUUAUCAAAUAUGGUAUUGUCAUACAAGGUGAUUAUGAAAAUGGUUCUCCAACUGGUACCCCAACUGGCGGAGUUCCAAUCACUAACUUAACCAUUAAAAAUGUCACUGGUAACGUUAAAAGCACUGGCCAAAAUAUUUAUAUUUUGGUUAAAAAUGCAUCAAAAUGGACAUGGAGCAAUGUUAAUGUCACUGGUGCUAGCAAAAUCAAAAAACAAUGUACCGGUAUUCCAUCUGGUUCAGGAGCUUCAUGUUAG